CUGUUAACUAACUUUUGGCCGCCGCCUCCAAACUCCAACGCUGGUGGAAACCAAUUGAUUCGGUGUGGCUGGAAGAAGGGCGAACAACAAGGGGGAAGCUCCUUGAGUCUACUUGUGACAUGGUUCAAACGCACGCAAGUUAGUUUUUGUUUUGGUGGCAGAGGUUUCGACCGAAACUAGGCAGGGAGCAGGGGACCGAUCUUGGCACUCUGGCUUAGUUUUUGAGUCCGUUUGAUUCUGUUCUGCCGUAGAGAAGUUCUUGUCAUUGUUGGGUUUUUAGUUUAAUCAUGGAUGUCAAUUGAGGAGGAAGAAAAUAAUGGCCUCGUGUUUGAGUCAGGAGCUCUCAAUGUCCAUAAUGGGGAGGAAGAGAAUCCACGUUUCGCUGCUGUUGCUAGAGUCAUCACGAAUAAACUUGUCCGUUCUGUCUCUUUCAGAGAUACAAUGGACAUGAUAUGGCGUCCGAGCAGAGGAGUGAGUAUUGAGCAGAUAGGAGAUAUGUGUUUUAUGCUUCAGUUGUUUCAUGAGAGUGAUAUCUCACGAGUUUUGCAGGAUGGGCCCUGGUCUUUUGAUCAGAAUCUAGUUGUUAUAAGCAGGGUGGGAGAGAGGGACAUGCCACUAGAGGUGGAGCUUAACCAUGCAGAAUUCUGGGUUCAAAUUCACAAUUUACCUCUCAGUUUUAUGACUGAGACAGUGGCGAUUGGAGUUGGCCGAUACUUGGGGAGACUGGUAAAGAUUGACGAAAGAACUCUGAAGGGGAAAAGUAAGGAGUUUGUUCGAAUCCGUGUGUCAAUUGAUGUCAGGAGUGCCCAGAAGAGAAGAACUCAAUUAAGGGAGGAAUGAGAUGGUUGGUUCUGGGCGCACUUCAGAUACGAGAGGUUCCAAAUUUAUGCUUCAUAUGUGGGGUUCUAGGAAUUGUCCCUUGAACAGCAAUGCAGGACCUUGGGUGGGGGACAAACCGUAUGAUCCCUAGAUGAGGGCAGAUAUGCGUCGAGGGGGAACCCAUCUGGGAAAUAAAUGGCUUGUACCGAAUUUGGGACGUGAGGGGAAGAAUACUAUGGAGGCAAAGGUAAGGCAGAGUCAGCUGGUGGGAUGUUAGGAGAAGGGCACCGAUGUGGGAUGCUAUUUGGUACAGGGCUUGAUCUCGCGAGGGAAAGAGAAAGAAGAGAGGGUGGAGGAACCACAACAGGAUAAGAGUUUAGAGGAGGGCGAAUCCCGGAAGAGAAGAGCAGUGGACCUGGAGAAUUUGGUGGAGGCACAAGUAAAUAUGGAGGUCGAUGGACAUGGGUCAAAAAACGAGGCAGUGGCGGUGCUACAGAAUCAACACCGCCUGGAAUAUCAUUAGGUGUUGCAAAUGGGAGUCUUCCUUUGGAGGUGGCUGGACAAACCUCUUCUUCUCCCUUCCUGAUGGAUGGUCAAGUCGGAAUGAUGUCCUUGGAGGUGGUGGAUCAAUCCUCUUCUCCCUUGCUGGUGGCUGGUGAAACCAGAGAGUCUAUUGUUAUUGUUCCUUUUCAAAUUUCAAAUGAUUGUUUUUUAUUUUUAUGUCAUAGUAGCAAGUCCAGCAAUACUGAUAGUUUAGCCUACUAUAUUGUGGAGUUAGCGAUCUGGCACGGCCUCUCGGGGCUAGCUAGUUCUAUGUCUCGCUCCAGGUUUGCUCUGAGUUGUUGCUCUGUUUUGUCUAUUGUUACUUUAAAUAUUAUGAAUAAAUGAGUGUCUUCCUUUUAAAAAAAAU